GCCACAGUCGCCACCACCAUGUCAUUUCUGGGUUUUUUCGCCGGUACUGGGACCAGCUCGAGCCCCUUCCGUUUAUUCUGUUCGAUCAUCUUGCUAGCGCUCGCGGUCUCCGCUCCUCCAAAUAAAACCUCCGAGUUCUAAACACGCAGGCGAACCUUCGCUUUCCGUCGCAGAACGUGACGUAGUUGGCCCGGCGACGUCGCGUGGAGCCAGUUCACGUGACUUGCUGAGCUCUAAACACACGCAUUCAUGUGGGGAUUGCUUCCUGAGCGCCCAAGCGAGGACUGCCAGGACACCGUAUCCGAGAUCUCUGUUACAAAAACCACUUUUGUUUUUUUUAAGAGAAACGUCUGCAGAGUGUUUAAUGGUAAUGAAUACUCGUUCAUAUUAAAUAGCAGAGAACACAUUUGACAAUGGGCAGUGUUGACUCUAGUGUUUAUAACUCGAGCAGUCUCUUGUCUUGCCUGGUGGUUGAUUGGAGACCAAUGAUGUGCUAUAUUACUGCAUACAUGAGUUAGGACCAGCUCUGUCCUCCGUGCUUUUAGCCAGAAUUUAUUUAGUGGGAAGUAACUUUAGAAUGGAUACUUGCUCAAAGUAAACCUUUGUGGCUACACCAGUAACACACAUAUGCUGUGAUAGAGAUGCAUACAGGGUAGACCUGGCACUUUGUAUAGAGAUUAACCUACACUAUACAAAUGUGGUAUUAUUGUAUCCUACUUAUUGCAGUAAUAGAAUAAAACUUUUUUUCAUUCUCAUUAGAAACGUGAGACAAGACGUGGUUUGUUUGCUUUGUAAUCAGAUUGGGCUAAUAGUAGUUGACCGGCAGGUCAAACCUCCUCUGGAUGCAUAUUUCUUUUUUUUUUUAUUAGGGUGGUAGAUUAAAAUAUUGGUGUCUGUCGUGUCUUGUCAGAAAUUUCUACUUCUACAUCUUUUUAUUGGUGUAUGCGGUCUGCUUGUAAAUGUUUUUUUCAACAAAAGGGUUUGUAAGCUCUCUACCUGUUGUAUCGGUCUGUUCUUAUUGUGUUGUCUUUCCCAAUUGUACAGCGCUGCGGAAUAUUUUGGCGCUUUAUAAAUGCCAGUAAUUAUAAUAAUAAUAAGCACAUCAGCGUAUUGGGAAUUGUGCCAGAUGCUGGUGUUUUUAACACUACAAUAUUAAUAUUGCAAUUUCUAGUAAACUGCAAUGUUUUACAUAUAAUGACAGGACCAGUAGUGGUCUGGCUGAUUUCAGCAUUCUUUAAAAGACUACUAUCGGUACCCAAACCAUAUCUUGUCAAUGAAGUAGUAAAGGUGCCAUAUGUCCCUCCCCCUUAACCUUGCAGUUGAAAACAUUGCUGUUCUGCAGCAUUGUGGGGUUAACCUGCCACUAGACAUACUUCUGUAAAAUAGCAGAGUAAAACUGUUACUUUAGUCAGAUGGCCUCAGAAAGCCUUCUGGUUGUCGCAGUGUUUUGCCAAGUUUUCUGCUUUAGCCUCCCAGUGCUUUCCUAUGGAAAAGCAUUGGAUCCGUUGAGAUCUCAAUAUUCAAUGAUCAUUGUCAAAGAAGCGGAGCUUCCCUGACGAGACCAGCGAGGUAAUAAAAAAGAUGAGUUGCCAUAACUUUAUAAUCAUGGCAACCCAGUCACCUAAAAGGUGACUAAGGCACUAUAGUAAGGAAUACACAUUUGUAUUUCUAAUGAUAUAGUGUUCUUUUAAAGGCACAUGGAGAUGAACACAUCAUGAAUAAACUCGGUGUGCAGUAUGGAUAACAUGGGUGGCAGAAUUCUCUUCUGCUGAUUAGAAAAGUUUGUGCAGAUAUAGACCGUGAAAUCUGUUACGGUGUCUGUUUUUUGCUCCUUCCCUUGGGGUUUGCCUGCCUUUCAAAGAUCUGUCACUCAAUGAGAAUUUUGACUGCUUUUACUAGGGAUUGACCUAUUAUCGGUCUGGCCGAUAUUCUGUAUUUUCGGCAAUAUCGGUAUUGGCCAAUAAAGAUACCGAUAAUGCAGACCAGGGCCGGUCCUGGGGGGCCCGCAGCACACUCUUCCUUUCCUUCCCUUCAUCUCCACUGUCUAACUCUCGCGAGUCCCACGGCCGUCAGUGCGUUGCCGCAGGUUACCAUGGCAACGCUCCAUGCGGCACGCAGACCGCGAGAGUUAGACAGGGGAGCUGCUGGGAAGGGAAGUAAGAGUGUUGCUGGGACUGCCCCGGGCCCCCCGGGGAAUGCCAUAUCCCCCCUCCCUGGCCAGGUAAGAAGCAGGGAGGGGGACUAAAACAAAAUGUAAAAUAAAUUGAAUACAUUUUUAUUUAAUUUUACACACAUUACAUACAUAGACAACCACACUGCAUUCAUUAUAUACACACACUGCAUUCAUUAUGUACACACAACACAAACUCACAACAUUCACUAUACACACACUACACAAACACACACUCUCUGCAUUCAUUAUACACACACUACACAAAACACACAAUCUGCGCGGAGAAGGCUUUCGACCGGGUGGACUGGCGAUACCUCCUCGAAACGCUCAAGGCAAUGGGGUUCGGGCCGAAUAUACUGCAGUGGAUCUCUGCGCUAUACACGGAACCGACUGCACAACUACGCAUUAAUGGGGUCCUGUCCACACCGAUUCGGAUGCGUAACGGGACGCGCCAGGGAUGCCCACUUUCCCCCCUCCUGUUUGCCCUCUCUCUGGAGCCAUUUCUUGAGGCGGUCAGACGGGACGGGGGCAUUGCGGGGGUCACACAGGGGGACAGAACGCACAAGGUGGCGGCCAUGCGGACGACCUCCUUUUCUUCGUGAGCAACCCAUUGAUCACCUUGCCCAACCUGCUGGCGGCCUUUGAGCGGUUCGGACGGAUCUCUAACUUCAAAUUGAACGCGGACAAGUCGGAGGCCCUCCCCAUGUCUAUACCCCCCGAGUUGGUCGAACGGCUGACAGGAGAAUUCCCCUUUAAAUGGUGCCACCAGCGCAUAAAAUAUCUUGGGAUCUGGUUAACUAGAGACCUGACGAAACUCUAUCCAGAAAACUUUCUCCCGAUUCUCCAAACGCUCCGUGCGGACUUGCUCAGAUGGGGACGCCUAUGCGUGUCGUGGUUUGGGAGGAUCAAUACAGUAAAGAUGAAUCUGUUGCCACGCUUGCUGUAUCUUUUCCAGGCCAUCGCGAUCCCGCGAACAUACUUCAACACCUUGGGCUCGGCGAUACUGCGAUUCGUCUGGGCGAAGGGACCGCCGAGGGUGAGAAAGACGCAACUGAUACUCCCGAGACAUCGUGGUGGAACAGCCCUACCGUCCCUACACGGAUACUACCAGGCGACACACCUCUUACGAAUUAUAGAAUGGCAUGUUCCGGACUCGGACAAACAAUGGGUCCAUAUGGAGCGGCUUCAGGCCGGGGGGCGUAUUCCAUCGAUGGUAUGGAUACAAAACCCGACAUGCGAUGGUAUCCUGCGGAACCACCCAUUCAUAGGCGCGACACUGAGAACAUGGACUACCAUCCGAUUCAAGCUGCAGCUCACCACAAACCCGGCCCCCCUGACACCUGUGAUACACAACCCGGACCUGGCGGGAGGCCUGACACAGGGGGACAUUGAGGGACUGGGGGAGAGGACGAAACAAUACCUUCGGGCCUGGUGUGCUAAUAAAGCCCUAAAGCCGCUGGAAGACAUGCUGGGCCAGACCAGGGAGACGGGGAUCCUACGAUUUAGGUACCACCAGAUACGCCGGUACUAUGCCACACUUCAAGGGAAACACCUAGCCCACCGAGACCUCACACACUUUGAAACGCUAUGCGAAGGGGGAACGCACCCGACACGUGGGGUAUCGAUCCUAUAUGCCAUGCUCCUGGGACCCCCGGCACACUUCCACUCAAAGUGGGAACAAGCAACAGGCGUCACCUUAACGGAACCACAAUGGGAGCAAAUACACGUUCUGUCCCACCAGGGGAUACUUAGUUCUAAAAUGCAGGAACUUAAUUAUAAACUCCUGACGCACUGGUACCGGACCCCCACACGACUCCAUGCCAUGGGGGUCGCCCCCGACAACAAGUGUUGGAGAUGUGACAUCGCCGAAGGGACGGCACUACACCUGUGGUGGUCUUGCCCUCGGAUAGCCCCCUUCUGGCAACAGAUCCAUGUCAAAGUGGUGGACAUCUUGGGGGAAGACAUCCCCAUGGAGUCCCUCCCUAUGCUUUUAAACCACACUCAGAUACCCCUGGGGCGUUACAAGAAAACCCUUAUCAGACACUUUCUUAACGCAGCCAAAAGCCUCAUCCCCGCCAGAUAGAAAUCGCCAGUUGUCCCAACCAUUACUCAGUGGAUAGAAAAGGUCGAUGAACUUUAUACUAUGGAAAUGCUUACGGCAGAACUCAGGGGCACGCAAGACCGCUGCACUCGCCUGUGGACACCGUGGAUCAUCUACAGCUCGGACCAGAGGUGGGGGCGGCCGAGGGCGGACCGUCUGAGGCCAAACGAGGAGGCGGAGUAGCGUGGGAGGAGGCUGGAUCGCGGCCGCGCGGGACCCCCGCCUUCUCCCCCCCCCCUUUUUUUUUUUUUUCUCUCUUCUUCUUCUCUCACUCUCUCCCCACGCCCCAACGACGAAGCGAAGGUGACCGACAGGGGAGGAAAGGGGACCUUGACCGGAGUAAACGCAUGAUAGCCGCGGAUAGUCGGCAGGCCGGAGACUGCCCAGCCAAGGUCAAAUCAACAACCCAUCUGAGGGGGGGGGGGUCCCGGGCAUUACGCCCGUGCGACUCAGAAUACCACCAAGGGAGGGCUCGCAGGGACUGCUUCUGGACCCGUGGGGACCAUCACCCCCUGGUCGAGCCAGAGGGGCUUGGCUCCCACGCUGCAAUCUAAACAAGGUACCGCACCUCACCAACUACAAUAUAUGCCCACGCACACGGUGGAACACUUGCUAAACGCCGGACGAAAGGCAAGCCACAGCGACUCCGGCGGGCCCCACUAUAUAAGGCAAAUAGGCUCGGGGUUGGUCAGGGAAUGGUAUUCCCCUAUAAAGGAAGGUCCAACACAAAAGUCCACUAAGAUCACUAGGUCUAAGAAGCGGAGAAAUGAGGCCUGAUCAAGACUGGGCGGGGGGUGGAGAGGGGGGGAAAUUUACGAACGAUACCCUAAAAAUAUUGUUGGACAUAAGGUUUGGGGGCCUUGUGAAACUUGUUAUACCGUGUCUCUUGUUACGAUUUGACCUGUAUUGUAACCUUACUACAUACAAAUAAUGUAAAAAAAAAAAAAACACACAAUCUGCAUUCAUUAUAUACACAAACAUACACUGCAUCCACUACACACACUGCAUUCACUAAUCAAAUACUCUCAAUGCAUCCACUACACACACACAUAUUCUUGAAAACAUAAACAAUUCUGACUGGCAUGUAUAUUUUGUGCAUUUACCUUAAUUAAAAAAAAAAAAAGAUUUGCAAAUCAAUAAGUAAUAGACAUGUUCAGAAAUAGUUUCUUUUUUCAAAAUGGUAAAUGUACAGAAUAUCGGUAUCCGUAAUUUAUUGGCCUGAAAGUUCACAGAUUAUCGGUAUCGGCUCUAAAAAAAUCAAUAUUGGUCAAUCCCCAGCUUUUACUGCAUCAUUCCUUGUUUUCCUGACAAUCACUCAUUGUCAGCUACCAGAGAGAGGCAGGGUGAGGAGAUAUGACUGGUGUAUUAAAGGACCACUAUAGUGCCAGUUUUCCUGGCACUAUAGUGUUAAUAGGUCCCCCCCCCACCCUCAUGGGGUUGGAAGGAGUUAAACACAUACCUUUCUCCAGCGUCAGGCUCCAUUGGAGCUGGGACUGACAGUGGGAAGCACCUCUAGCGGCUGUCAAGGAGACUGCCACUAGAGGCUGGAUUAACCCAUAUGUAAACAUAGCAGUUUCGCUGAAACUGCUAUGUGUACAGCAGGCAGGGUUAACCCUAGAUGGACCUGGCACCCAGACCACUUCAUUAAGCUGAAGUGGUCUGGGUGCCUAUAGUGGUCCUUUAACUAAAUGAAUGAUCAUUUCCAUCAUAUUAUUGAACAGAUAAGUUUUUAAAGACUUUACAAAAAACGGGCUAAAAAAUAAAUAUUAGCAAAAAUUAAGAAAAAAAAUUCUCAUCUUUAUUUGCUUCCCACCUUUUUUUUUUUCCCAGAAAUGACUGUACCAAAAAUAAGAAAGUGGCUGAACCUUCUAUACAAAUGGUUGUCCUCGCAUUGUUCUCAUUAGGAACACAGGGUAGUGUAGUUUAUCUUUCUGAUUUCUAAUGUAACCUGUACAUUUCAUGGCUGCAAGUAAUUUAAAGGAGCGCUUCAAACACUAUAACCUCUACAGCACACUGUGGUGGUCAUGAUUGUCCCCAACUGUAUAUAGUGAAACCACUGCAAGACUUAUCUUAUUGGCUGAGAACGAUCAGCUAGCUCUCUCAGUCAAUGACCUAGCCCUACAUGACAGGGCUUAGCUCAAGGAGAGAUAUUGGAAGCUCCAAAUUGAGGAAUUUUCAUGUUUUGGUUAGCUGUAGUGGAGGUGGGUGUGGUGCCUUGUGCACCCCAGGCAAUGUGACAAAAUUUGUACCCCUCUGCACAUUUUAUUCUAAUGUAUUUUCAAACUUUGUGUUCAAUAAAGGACAUCUCAUAUUGAGUGUUUUUGUCCCCCUUGUUGACCCAGCACUAUGAAAGCAUUUGCGCCCAAAAAGUCAAACGUUUUUGUAUCUUGUGUUAAAUUGGUUUAGCAGUAAAAGAACUUCAGUCAGUGAGAGGAGGAGGUAGAGAUAAAUUCAUCUGGCAUGAGGAAUUGUUACACAUAUAAGCAUUUUCAUUUACCUACUUUAUCACCAACCUCUCGCAAACCUGCUGGGUAUAUAUUUUUCAUUUUUUUUUCAUACAUUUAAUUUCAUUGGAAACCACUUUAGAGACCCCAUAUUUGUAUUCUACCACUGCCCCCAAGUUCAACAGCACCCCGCAUUUAUACCUUUGCCAGGAGAGGUACAGCAACUUUGUUCAAUCGUUUCAGCGUGCUGUGGGUGUCAUCAGCAUAGUGUACAUUAUACUCCUCCAGACACCAUGAGUCCACGGUCUGGAUUACCCUUUUAAUUUAGGAAAAACCUCAGUAAUUUCACUGCAACAAAUAGUUGUUCCUAUCACAUUGUAGUAGUCUGUGUUGCCUGCUUAGAAUGAUUUUAACUAUAUAGUAGAUAGUGAAGAUGUUUCACUGGAUGCAUUUUGCAAAACAUUACUUCUUAUAUUAUUUUUCUUUAUACUUAAAGGGACACUAUAGUCACCAGUGCAACUACAUGUAUUCCUAACCCUAUAGUGUUAACAUGAUCAUCUAGCCCCCCUGUGUCCCUCAUGCCUCCAUAAAUAUAGUAAAAAUCUUACUGUAUUCAAGCCAGAAACUGUAAAUCUGCAUGCUGUUAGACUCAGGAAAAACAAGCAGUCUGCUGACAUGUUAUAGCCUGAUCCAAUCACAGUGCUUCCCUAUAGGAUUGGCUGAGACUGACAAGGAGGCAGAUCAGGGCAGAGCUAGCAUGAUUAAAACACAGCCCUGGUCAAUCAGCAUCUGAGAGACCAUCUGAUUGCCACAGCAUUUUCUGAUGGGCAAGCAUUGAAUGAUCUCAGCCAAAGAGGUCUUACCAGCUGCGGACAGAUUUGUGGGAUCCAAGGUAAGUUAACUCUCUAGGAGUUAACUUUUAACCCUUGUGAGGGUGGCUGGUUUUCAUCUAAAUUAUGUUUGUUUGUAUUCCUAACCCUAUAGUGGUUAUUUAAAUCAUGUUAAAAGUCUAUUGAAAAAUGUUAAAUUAAGACCAAAGAUGACCGUAAACAAAACUAUUGCCUACUUAACCCUUUUUUUCUUUUUUUUCCCUUCUCCUCACAGGGUAUUUAUGUUUUAAAGUGACUAGUUUAAAACAACAGUUUUAAUUCUGUUGUUGGCAAGCCAUGGAAAAUGUGCCAGAAUUAUAUGAAAUCUUCCAAGGAGAGGUAACUACUAAAGAAUAGUUGUACAUGGAUUAAAAUGUUACGUGCAUUGCAUUUGAUCAGUGUUUUUAGUUCUCACUGAUGUGAAAUGUUCUCCCGUGUAACCUAUGGUUGGUCCGCAGUGCCAAAGGUGUGAUCAUCCAUAAUCCUCUGGUGCUUGCCGGACUUAUCGCUAGAUUGACUUUUGUUGCAAAUUUCCCAAGUGUAGCUCCUAAAGUGAGCUUUUAAUCGGGUCAGUGAUUGACUAACUAAAACCUUACAACCAAUCCUAGUGGUUCUUAAGCUUUAUAUUUUAUUUUAAAUUUAACUUAUGACAUAAAUCUAUGUGUAGAAGGAGUCUAUGGAAUUUUAGUUCCUCUCUCAGCAUUCUUUUGAAAUAUAUACAGUCUGCCGUCAACCAGCCACUCUAAGCUUAACAAAACCCAUGUCUAAACCUGUUUUAGAGAGGUUAAAGGGAAACUAUAGUGCCAGGAAAACAUAGUCGUUUUCCUUGCCAUAUAGCUUCCUUCAUCCCUAGGCGCAGGUUUAAGUCGGCCUUUUCUACAACACCGCCAACAUCAGACGGCGGGGAAGACCUAAUGUGCAUGAGCUAACUUGGUGAUGUGCACUUUCAAAAGUACAGAAAAAAAGUGCUCAGUGUAACUAGGCGCUUAGUGGAAAUGCUAAUUAAAAACAGCAGCUCAACACACGUGCAGGUAUCCCAAUCCUACACAAACAGAUAUGUGAAAAAAGAGUGUGAACUUCGUAGAUGUACUACCACCACAAAGAUCACUCUGUGGAGCGCUAGAGAUAGGGAAAUAUCUUACUCCUAUAUAAAUAUCGUAUAUAUCACUUUAACAGCAUAUAAAAUCUAGAACAGAGAAAUACACAUCAUAGUGCAGAAUGAUUGUAAAAUGUGUAUGGAAUGGAGGUGAGUGUAAGUCCAACUCACAUGGCACAGAGCCUAAGGAUUGGCUCAAAUCACAACAGCUUGGGUAUAUUUAGGCAAUACCAGACCUCCUCCCUAUAUGCAGCUCGCAGAAUAUAUGGAAGAGAAAAGAGGUAGAAUUCCUAGUGCAAAUAUGUAUGGUAGGAAGAGUGAUCACAAAAAAAUCAUAUGAAUGUGCUCACCUGAAAUAGAGCCGAUAAUAUUAGGCUCUAUAUAUAUGCGCCACUGUGCCUUUAAGGCAGGCACUACCCUUCUUUGAUGAAAUACAGGAAGCAGUAGAAGAUCCACUCACAGGUAUGUAUAUAUAAAAAUAACAAAUUUAUUUUAAAAAAAACAAAGUAAUAGAUAAAAGCUAUAAUCAGUAAAAUACCAAAAUAAAAGUCUCCAGAGUGGUCUUCCUCAAAUCUGAAGACCGUAAAGCCAACUGUACAUGCAAGUAGCUCGGCUCUUUGUCAGAGAGAGAGCAUUCAGACGACAUCAUGUGUGCAGAUAAAAUUAAUACAGGUAGCCCAGAAAACAUACCGUAUAUACUCGAGUAUAAGUCGAGUUUUUCAGCACAUUUUUUGUGCUGAAAAACCCCCACUCGACUUAUACUCGAGUCAGUGUCUGUAUUAUGGCAACUUACAUUGCCAUAAUGCAGACCAAGACCGCCGGGCUCUUUACAAGCCCGGUGGUCCUGUUAGGGGCUGGCAGCGAGCUGUAACUUACCUUUCCUGCAGCUCCUGUCAAUUCCCUCCUCCUGCGUUCCAGUCAGCUCCCCUGUCAGUUCCCACUGUAAGUUUUGUGAGAGCCACGGGAUCAGGGCGUUGCCACGGAUUACCGUGGCAACGCUCCGCGCAGCAGUCACACCGCAAGACUUACAGUGGGAGCUGACUGGAACGCAGGAGGAGGGAGCUGACAGGAGCUGCAGGAAAGGUAAGUUGCAGCUCGCUGCCAGCCCCCCUCUUGCACAGCCCAUCCACUGGACCACCAGGGAAUGAGAGCACCCCUCCCUGGCCAGCUAACAAGCAGGGAGGGGGGACAAAAAUAAAAUUAAAUAAUAAUAUAGAAAAUAUUAAAAUAUAUAUUUUUUAAAUAUUAAAAAUAAUAAAAAUGCCCUCCCCCACCCAGUUCACACACACUCAUACAAACACACACUGCAUUAUAUACACACACUCAUACAAACACACACUCAUACAAACAAACACACUCUGCAUUAUAUACACACACACACUCUGCAUUAUAUACACACAGAGUGUGCGUAUAUAAUGCAGAGUGUGUGUUUGUAUGAGUGUGUGUGUGUAUAAUGCAGAUUGUUUGUAUGAGUAUGUGUGUAUAAUGUAGAUUGUUUGUAGGAGUGUGUGUGUGUGUGUUUGUGUGUAUAAUGCAGAGUGUGUGUUUGUAUGAGUGUGUGUGUGUGUAUAAUUAUAAAAAUCACAGAAUUUCAUAGCCCCAAGUUUUACCCUUGACUUAUCCAUGAGACAUAGCAUAUUUCACAAUUGUUGGUCACAAAACUGCACUUGACUUAUACAUGAGUUCGACUUAUACACGAGUAUAUACGGUAAUGACUGACUGCUCUGCGUGGCUGUCUUAUAGCUGCAUUGAUUUUAACAAAUAACUGCAGCUAUAAGUGACUCUCAGAACUGAGAGUGAGUGAAGGAUAUUAUCUGCAUCAUAAACUUUGCAAUAAGGUAGCGUUGCAAUUGUGCUUGGAUUACUUAAAAGGCUGUAACCCCUUAAUGACCAGACCGUUUUUCAAUUUCCUUACCGUUAAGGACCAUUAUUUUCAUCAUAUCAUAUAAUUUGCUAUAAAAUUUAUUUUUUAUAAAAUACGAUGAAAAAAAAAACCACACCUUUUCUAACUUUGACCCAAAAAAUCUGUUACACAUCUACAACCGCCAAAAAAACACCCAUGCUAAAUAGUUUCAAAAUUUUGUCCCGAGUUUAGAAAUACCCACUGUUAACAUGUUCUUAGCUUUAUUUUUUGCAAGUUACAGGGCAAUAGUACAAGUAGCACUUUGCUAUUUCCAAACCAUUUUUUUUUCAGAAUUAACUAUAGUUACAUUGUAACACUGAUAUUUGUCAGAAAUCCCUGAAUAACUCUUCACAUGUAUAUAUUUUUUUAAAAGAAGACAACUUAAGGUAUUAAACUUGUGGUAUUUUGACUAUUUUCAUGCAACCAUUUUACCACCAAUCUAUGCCAAAUUAAAAUAUAAAAUUGCUGAUUUUUUUUGACACACAUAGCAAUUUAAGAAUACAUGUACCGAGAACUUUAAGGGUUACUGCCAAAGAACACCACAAUAUGUGUUCAGCAAUAUCUCCUGAGUAGAGUGAUACCACCCAUGUAUAGGUGUGUCGAGUUCUCUGGGGGCUAAAAGACCUUAUUUGGAGGGUGCGCAUUCCACUUUUCCCACUUGGAACUUUCACAACUAGUCAUCUAGCACCUAUGUCCCAUUUGGGAAAUUUUUUAAGUGGGCCAAGUUAAAUAACCCCCAUCAAACCGUAUAUUUUUGAAAAGUAGACACCCUGGGGUAUUUCAAAUGGUGGUAUUCCAACACUUUCCAUGCACUAAUUCUACCACCAGUCUUUGUCAGACUUUUGGGUAGUCAUUUUUUGUGUUCUUUUUCUCUCACAUUGUACUUUAGGCAUGGAUUCUCAGUUCCUGUUAUGUGUUACUCACAAAGAACACCCCAAUUUGUGUUCAGCAACAUCUCCUGAGUACAACAGUGCCAAUGUACAGGUUUUAUGGGUUUUUGCAAGCUUACAGGGGUCAAAUGUAGGGCUUUUCCAUUUUUGCACAUUGGAAUUUGCCAGAUUGGUUUGUUGGGCCUAUGUUGCCUUUGAGACUGUAUGGCCCAGAAAUUAGAAUUAACUCCACCAUGACAUACCAUUUGAAAAAGUAGACAACCCAGGCUAUUCAAAAUGUGGUAGGUCCAGUCUUUUGUAGUAGCCACUUAGCCACCACUGCUUUCCAAAUUUAGCAUUCAUAUUUCUUUUUUGCAUAUUUUUUUACACAAAAACUGCACUUUUACUGGUGACUUCAUUGUCGUGAUAAGUUCAACUGUUUUAAACACUCAUAUUUGUGUUCAGCGAAGUCUCCCGAGUAUAACAAUACCCCCCAUGUAAAGAUUUUAUGGUGUUAUGGAAAGUUACGGGGUUAAAUAUAGAGCUUGUCAAUUAAAUUCUCUGGACUGCCUGAGGUCCCUCAAAAUAUAAUUAAUUAUGUAGUUAAUAGUUAAAUAUAUAUGUAGAAUGUGUGUGUGUGUGUGUGUGUGUAUACACACACACACACACACACACACACACACACACACACACACACACACACACACACACACACACACACAUAUAUCAGCCGCAGGGGGACUGCCUGGGAUGCCAGGCAAGUCCCCACAUCGCGAUCGCCAGCAAUCAGGUUAGUGUAUAGUUUGCCGCGGAUGUACCAGGUACGUCCGAGUUCGUUAGCAACCAGUUUUUUGUCGGACGUAUCCGGUACGUCUGCAGUCGGGAAGGGUUUAAAGGGAUUCUGUAGUGUACAAAGUUUUAUUCCUUACACUAUACUUCCCUCUGGCAUGGAAAGGGUUCUUUGUUUACUCACCAAAUUCCAGCGCCGAUCUCCCUCAGUGCUGGGUCAGCAUUCCACCUACUCUGACGUCAUCCGAUGGAAGAGGGCUAGUGCGAGAACAUUACACUCCCUAUAGUAAAGCAUUGCUUCAUUGCAUUCCUAUGGGGAUUUUACUGAUGCUGGACGUCCAGCAUCAGUUAGGCGACCAAAAGUCGGUUAGCCAACAUGAAGUGUCUGACAGCCACUAGAGGCAAUCUUAGUACUGCAAUUUAGUCACUGCAGGUUCUCUAAAACUGCAAUGAUAUACUGGGACAUUGCACCCAGACCACUUCAAUGAGCUGAAUUGUUGUAGGUGCCUAUCAUGUCCCAUUAAAAUAGAUCUUCACUAUAUUUUAUUUAUGUUUAUUUAGCUUGGUGAUGAGCAAGCAGCCAGAAAAUAUUACUUGCUAAUGGGAUCAGCUGGGAGCUAUGUGAAUAUUUUUUUCAAAAUGUUCCCUGUAAGCUAAAAUGUUUACUUCUUUGUGUAAGAGAACCAAAGAUUUUUGAUUUCGUUUUAUCCUCAGGUUGCAACAAUAACAGACUAUGGAGCAUUCAUUAAAAUUCCUGGAUGUCGGAAGCAAGGUAAGCACCACUUAAUACAGACACAUACACCUUUAAAGAGAACUGCAGCUCAAAUAGCCAGUUUUAUCCACCCCUGCAAGAAGCCCCAUUUACUGUGAAGAUUGCAGAUUAAAGGUACAGCCUGAGAAUCAGAAGCUAUUCUACCGGAUUUCCUUCAUCUAUAGUUACUACAUUAUUAAUUUACUAUAACAAUGUUACUAUUUGUACCUGUAGUACACUCUAAAAUUUUGUACUUGCAGUUACAUGUAAUUAUUAAUAAUCUGGCUGAUAGUAUUUUGGCUGGCAAAUAUUGUAAUUGUAUUAGACAAAUGGCAGGUCUGCUUAACCAUUCACCCUUCCCCCUCCCCUCUCCCCCGUUUGCCACUACUAGCCAUAAAUUCCUUUAAAUUCCUGUGAUUCUCUACUCUUUAGGGCCAGUUUUACAUCCACCCCUACAAGAAGCCCAUUUAAUUUUACGCGGCUCAACCCACCCACCCUGGUUCCUUCUACCUAUAUAGCCUGCUCUUCCAGCUGUUUGGAACCAGAGCCAAUCACCUCCUCGUUCCCUUCACAUGCUAUCAGCUGCUGCAGUUAUACCAUUAACUCUCUAUGCCAUCUCAUACAAAUUCCUCUGUUACCUUAAGUUUCAUCUCCACAGUUUAACCUUUAGAAUGUAAGCUCACAGGGAGUGCCCUCUACCUGUUAUAUCGGUCUGUUCUUCUUGUGCUGUCUUUCCCAAUUGUACAGCGCUGCGUAAUAUGUUUGGCACUUUAUAAAUACCAGUAAUAAAUAACUACCAAUAUUUUACUGGUUUUACAUGCCAGUGGGAUAAAAGGUUAUUUCCCUUUCCAUACAAAACAAAAUUGACAAAACUCUAUCAGGAUUAUUUACUAAAGUGAGAAUUCAAAGUGAAUUGCAAAUUUAGAGGGACAUCCAGACCACUUUAUCUCAUUGAGGCACUGUCCCUGUCCCCUUAACCCUUCAAUCUAAUCCAUUGCAAUGUUUGUAUUGCCAGGCUAAGACGGUCUCUAGUGGAUGUCUUCCAGACAGCCAUUAGAGGCUAUUCCUGCAUCUACACAGAGUUUAACUCUGUGAAAUGUUGCUGGACAUCCUCAUGCUGUUUUCUAGGGUAAACGGUGUCUUCAAAUGCACCAUAGGAAAGCUACAAACAUUAACUGUGAAAUCUCCAAGCACUAAAUGCUUAAUAGUAUUGUAUCCAAUUAAUUGUAGAUAUGAAUGGAAUAUGUGCCAAAUUUAGGGUUUUAGCAAGGGAAAAAGGGAGGGGGCGGCAGAUAGUAUUCCUUUAAAGCCAGAGUAGCCAAUUUGAAAGCAUAGCUGACAUAGAGCAAUAUUCCAGUUUAGCUAUUUUGACCUUAAAUAGAAAAUUCACCUGUGAAUUCACUUUGCUUUAUAACUUUAGUAAAUAACCCUGUAUAUUAUUAUUUUUUUCUUAAACCUUAAGGACCAAGGCAAUUGUCCAACUUUUAAACCAAAACAAAAUGUAGAAUUUGUACUAAAAAUAAAAGUAGAAAAGACCUAGGGGCAAGGCAAGCUUGAUCCCAUAGUCAAAAAUAGGACUGAGUGGGUAGAAACGGGCAUGAACCCAGAUACAUCAAAAGAAGAAAGAGGAUACCUCAGGGGGCUAAAGGAAGAACGGAGACAACGAGUGCAGACAGCAUGCGAAUAUCUGUUCCCUAAAAGUCAAGGACUUACCCAAAACAAGAGUGGCAACUCAAAGGGCAAAAGAUAAAAUAAAUAUAAAAGUUUCUUUAUUCAGUAAUAUGUUGUACUGCACAAAACAUGUGAACUCGACAGACAAGAAACGUAAAAAGUGAAAUGUGAAAAAAACAAGCGUGUUGGUGACUUAAAAAGGAAAGGAUCUAUGUAGCCUGUAUGAUAUGUUUAGGAAUGGCUGUUAAUAUACUGUUCAAAUACAGAGUAGAUCAUAUAGCCAUAUGAAUGAACCUAAUAAAUUAGCUUUUAGAAACUAAGAUUGGAGAGUAGUUACUAAUAGGCAUAUGUAGCAACAAAGUAACAGGUGGUUGUAUCCACUCAAUUUGGAAUCAUCGAUAUAGCAGUUGGAGCAGGUGUGGAGGUGGAAUUAUAUGGGAAUAGAUCCGUGGGGUAUUUAGAGUAAAUUCCUGAGAUAUAUAACAACUUCAGGAUAGAGGAAAUAUGUAUGCCUUACAAUUUAAGAGCUCAGUGUUCAAAAGUUGAGGGAUAGAAAUUUGCCUACAAAGAAAUGCAAAGUCAUGCAGAUGUCUAUGAUCUUUAGGUUGAGUGUUAUUCCCUGUUGGAGAUAAAUAUCUGGGAUUUCUGCAGCCAAACAAAGAGGAGAAAACUUAAGUGGAUGUUGCACAAGUAUAAAUAACCCCCUAGGAUCAAAACCUGCAGUUUCCCCAGUUAGACAUUUAAAUCCUAAAUAUAAAUAUCACACUGCAUCCUUAUUAAAUAGCAGUUUUAGAUUGAGUUUUCUAUUUGGGGGCAGAAACACCUCCCUGGCUGUCAAUCAAAAAGUACAGCUUUUUAUUGAUAUUGUCACAAAAUGACAGAUUUGAGAGGCAGUGAGACCCUGUCAGAUUCUUUUCACACUCUAAGUAUCUGGGGCAGGCUGCAAAUUACCAUGGCUAAACAUGAUCUAUAUGUAGUGCUCACUUGGAGCGCUGCAUACUGCUUAUCUGUCAGUCUGAGGCAACUAAAUAUGACCAAAACCAACUAGAAGGGAGCCCCAUGUAUUGAUUGGUACCUAGGUUUUCUCAGUGUGUGAGCAGGAAUUUAACCCUGCUCUCACCAAAACAAAAGGACAUUUCUGUUGGCAUUAAAGCCACGCCAUAUUCAGUACGGCAUGGAACCUCCUGACGGUGUUUGAGGUAUUGAGUAAGCUGACUUUACAGAGAAACCGUUUUAUUAAUUAAUUUAUUUAUUUUAAACUCUUCACAGGCCUUGUUCACAAAACACAAAUGUCAGCUUCUCGGGUGGAUGUUCCCUCAGAAAUAGUGGAUGUUGGUGAAAGAGUAUGGGUGAAGGUUAUUGCUAGAGAGGUAUGACGAGUCUUAUGUUGUUUUUGUUACAUGUAUUGCCUUUGAAUUUAUUCAAUACAGAUUUCCUUUAUGACCAUGUAUAUCAUGGUUCUUAGUCACAAAUUUGUAUACAAUCAUGCCUAUUUUUACAUCAAUAUUCCUGUGUGAUAAAGUGAGCCUUAAAGUGGCAGUAUAUCUUUUGACUUUGUUGGAAUUUCAGUGAUUUAAUCUUCAUGAAAUACUCAUUUUGUGGAACGGGAGAGUGACAGUGUCGCUUUUUAUCUUUGUCAUUUGUUAAAUUGUUAUUGAUAAAUGUCAUAUAUAACUGGAAGAUAAUCAAUAUGAUCUAGUAAAUAUGUACUAAACAGUUAAUUCCAUAGGGAAACAUUUAUUAGAAUAAUAGACUGGAUAGACACACUUUAUUAAAGUUGUGGUGACUCUAAGAAGUGAUGAAAAUUGUUUACUGGUUUAAUAAAAUAUUAAAUUAAAGCGGCACUAUCACAGUUUAGGAACUUUGCCGAAUUUUUAAAGCCCCUGACUGUGACAUUGCUGCUGGGGUCCAAUCACGGACGCUGCCAUCCUGCAGUAAUGUCACUGCUGUACUUUUGCGUAUGUGAGGGGGGAGGGGAUUUGACAGUGCUGCUUUAGUUGGUUAAUGUUUUGUUUUGUACCAAUAGCUGUAUGCGUUUGUGAGACCUCACUAUAUCCUCUUGUGAAAAUUAACUUAUUUCUAGACAAAAGAUGGAAAGGAAAAAAUUUCCCUGUCUAUGAAGGUUGUUCACCAAGGAACUGGGAAAGAUCUGGAUUCAAACAAUGUAGCGCUGGAGUAGGUGAACACUUUUUAUUAUUAGUUUUCUUUAUUUGCUAUAUUACUUUUUUUUUUCCUUUGCUUUUUCUCUCUUGUUUUCUACAUCACUCACAUUAUGGUACAAAAAGUGCCUUGCAUAGAUAACGCAUUCCAUUCUCACAUUUGCAACUCUCAUCAAACCACGAAGUGAAUGCAGACUUAAAUAAAUACUUUAAGCAUAAAUUCUAUGAAGCAUAGUUACAUAGGCUAAAAAAAGCGUUGCGUCCAUUAACUUCACCCAUUCUCACAUCUUUCUGCAGAUGGUGUACAGAUCAAGCUCCUGUAGUGUCACUGCUUAAUUCUCUGCCAUUUAUGAUUUAAAACCCUGAAACAUUAAUACUGAAUGGGAAAAGUAAGAGUGAUAUCAAAUUAAUAAGACUGCACAUCUGGGUAAUUUGUUAAUCAUUGGAGAUUUUAAUUAUCUAAGCAUUAGCUGGGCCAGCAGAACUACUAUUACAGUUAAUGGAAAAAAGGUUUUUGAAUCUGUCACGUGACCCUUUCAUGCCUCAAAUAGUAGAAGCACCAACUAGACUAGAUUAG